GACCAGAGAGGUUUAGUUUAUGGUGGUAGGGAACAGCUCAUUGUUAUGAAGGGGCUCGUCUCGCUUGUGACCCGAACUGAUCAAGUUGUGGUUUAGCAAUCAUGGUCGUUUGGAUAUGUGCAGAUUCUCUAACAUGAUUCUCCUGGCCAUAGCUUGUUUGAUGAUCAACGCUUUUGUUUCUUCUAAAGCUCCAUUGUGCUGCUCAUCUAUAGUGAAUGAAAAAUGUCGACAGUCUUGUGUGCAGGUACACAACCAAGACUCACCUAUACCACAAAUACAGAUGUUGCUGACGUCAGCUGAAGAAUGCACGCCAGAAUUCACUGACUUCUGGCAAUGUAUCAACGCCACACUACCAGCGGUCAGGCUGAUGAAGCAGUGGCCGGGUAAGGCAUGCUGCGAUAUGGCCAAGGGGAAAGAAUGCCGCAAAAAGUGCAACUCGGCUGACAGUAGAGACACAAUGGAGAGGUCGUGUAAAGAAAACUCAGAAGCUUCACUAGUUGCAUGUAUCAACAACCAGGAAGAUGGUCAUCCCUGCUGCAGCAAGGCCAUUGGGACGUCAUGUGGCAUCGUGUGUCAGGGAAUUUAUCUGGCCGGUGUCAGCAGUAACCUGCGACCCAACAGGAAGGUCCUGGGUCAACACUGCAGGGACACUGACAAGAUGGUGGAGACUUGUGUCCUGAUGCAGAGGCAACCACAGUCAAACAGUACACAGCACUAUCUCCCCUGCUGUGAUAAAGCCCAGACCGCCAGUUGCAAGUCCAAGUGUCGCAGUGUCCUGCAGACCGUCAUGUCUGAAGAAGAUCAGAUUGAAGAGGUCAUCAAGGCUUGCAGUUAUCCACAGCCCACUGACCCCCUGUGGCAGUGUUUCCUCCACAACCCACAGACCAAGAAAAAUGAAUCAGCGCCGCUGUCUGUGGACAACGCCAAGUUCCAGUGUUGUGGGAAGGCAGCAUCAGCCAGGUGUAGGGAGCUGUGUUCACAGACCUACAGGAAGCGCCUGUCUUACCAAUCUGAGUUUGAAAGCAGCUGUUCCUACAUCCAGCCUGUCUCUACCGUGGAGUCUAGCAUGCACAACUGUCUCAAUGAUGUUGAUCUGCCGUGUAAGCUGGGCUGUAGUGGCCUGUCCUUCUGCCACAACUUCAACCAUCGUCCAACAGAAUUGUUCCGUAGCUGUACACCCGCAGCUGAUGCUGCAGCUGAAAGAGUUUACAACUUUUGGAAGAACGGAGUCAUCCAUCUUCACCAGCUGACCAUUCCAGUCAAAGACAUUGACCAGUGUAAACCAGCUAUGUGGAAGGCCAUAGCCUGUGCAUUGGAGAUCAAGCCUUGCAUCUCACAACAAAGUUUGAUUACACUAUGCAAAGAGGACUGUCUGUUGGUACUCAACAUGUGUGUAGACACCAGCAAGUCAGGGGAGCAAACUGUCCCAGCACUCUGUAAUGCUCUCCCCUCUAAACAUGUACAUGGGACUUGUGUCUCAAUGGACCAGUACCUACAUCCCAGCCCAUAUGCCAGCAGAACUAUGGAGGUCAAGCACCCGUGUAACCCCAACCCUUGUGGGGUGGAUGAGGUGUGCCUGGUCAGGAGACGGGUCUGUAAACACGACUGUCUGCCGUACGUCUGUCACAAAGCCUGCCGUCUGGGUCAAGAGUCCAAACUCCUGGUGCCUAAGGGAACCAACGUGCGACUGGCCAACCUCGAUGCCGACGUCUCACUCCAGGAAGAUUGUUACCAGGCCUGCUACUGCAGCAGCAAGGGUUUGAUAGAGAACUGCAAGUCUUUACCUUGUCUAAGGCGAGACGCUUGCCAACUGGGCCAUGAGAACAGCAGAGAACACGGUGCUCAGUUUUCUGUGGACGGCAGUAAAUGUGUUUGUUUCUCUGGGAAAGUGAUUUGUUCUCGCAGGACUUGUCACCCUGACAACUCCCCCCUCUACACUGGUAUGCCAGGGAGCUGCCCCACUGAAUAUGACCCCGUAUGCGGCCCCAAUGGAAAAACUUACCCAAACGCGUGCCACGCCAAAUGUGCUGGAGUUUACAGCUUCACAGCAAAGAAGGCGUGUAGUGACAGAGACGUGUGUUCACAGAGGGAUGUGUGUCCAGCAGGAACACACUGCGUGCCACGUCCACAGAUCUGUCUGAAUGAUGUGUCUGUUGUCCCCUGUCCACAGUAUGAGUGUGUCAAUGAGAGCGGCCUCCUAUGCAACUACCACCACCACGACCCAGUGUGCAGUACAACUGGGGAAGAGUUUACCAAUAUGUGUCUACUGUUGGCCCACAGGAAAUCUUUGGCCUACAGAGGCCAUUGCCAGACCUCCUGUUCAAACUCUGGCCCAGUUUGUGGACAUGACGGUGAGACCUACGUCAGUCAGUGUGCUGCAUGGGCUGCCAGGGUCACUGUUGACUACAGUGGAAAGUGUGGCGCAUUUGGUGAUUCUGGGAAGACCUGCAGCAGGGUUGAGUGUCCUCCCCUGCACCCUGCCAGCUGUGAGGGAGUUAUUCCCCCUGGAGCAUGUUGUCCUAUAUGUGCCACCCAACUGACCCUUCUCUGGGACCCGCGCCUGAUGUCUGAAGCUGCCAACUUGAAGAAGACCAGAACCAUCUCCACCAUGGACGUCUUGACCAGUCUGUCUGACCACGUCUCUGUCCAGGAGUGUGACGUCUUUGGUCACUUGAGUGUCAAUGGCGAGCUCAUUGUCAUCAUAGGUCCUAAUGUCCUGCUACCUACAGCUCUGCAGGUGGAAGCUUGCCAGAGCGAGGCUGAAAGAAUCCACAACCUGUUUAAGAUGGGGAGCCCGACCAUCUUGUCCUACCUGACACUGUCUCCCUUCCUGCUCGUCUCGCUAGAGAAGUCCUCUGUCAGUCAUCUGACUGGCCUUGACCCCACCUACCAGUCAGACGCACACAGUAGAAACUUUCACUCAGCAGACAACAGCUCGCAAACUUUAUCAAGUCACUUCUGGGUUCUUGUUUGUUUUUGGGUGUUGCUGUCAGUACUCUGUAAUAAACAGCAUCUCUUGUGACGUCAGUGAGGUCUUGUGACAACGUCAGCGACAGUAAUGUCAGUGAGGUUUUGAGGGAACCUCAGAGAACUUUGGACCCUGCAAGCAGGUGGUCCCACCACAAGAUUACUCAUGCCUGCUGGUGACAACAGUGAAGUACACCUGCAGGAUCCUGCAGGUUUCACCACUGAAUUUCUCCUGCACUAACGAACACCAAAUGUAAUAUGUGAUACUAGCUGCAGGGAAGCUUUAAACAAGUAGACAGCAAACUGAUGUAGACAGGACACCAUUGGUGUGUUGUUACAGUGUAGACAAGACACCAUUUGUGUAUUGUUACAGUGUAGACAAGACACCAUUAGUGUGUUGUUACACAGUGUAGACAAGACACCAUUAGUGUGUUAUUACAUCGUAGACAGGACACCAUUAGUGUGUUGUUACAGUGUAGAGAUACCAUUAGUAGGUUGUUACACAAUGUAGACAAGACACCAUCGGUGUGUUGUUACAGUGUAGACAAGACACCAUUUGUGUAGACACAGUGUAGACAAGACACCAUUAGUGUGUUGUUACCCUGUAACAGCAGAGAUAAACCUUUGUUUACUUAUAUCAUUGAACAACCAAUUAAGUAUUCUGAUCAUGUGAGUUCUAGAUUAUGGUAAACCAGCUUUAAUUUGUCCCAUUAUUUUUUCUAGUUCUUUAACAAGACUUAAGUUUUUGUUUGUGAAAUGUUUUCACAUGAAAAAUUCUAUAACAGGAGGAUUGAGUCUCAUAUAUCUUUGUUUCUUUAGGAAACAAUAGCAGGCUGCAUAAUACAUAGUGAUAUUACCUUUUGUUUUAUUUUUAGACUUUGCUGUAGGAAAAGCAAGUUCUGUAUUGGCAUAAUAUGAAUUCAAGCUGUGUGAUCAUUGUAUUUAACAUUGCAAGAUAUCUUUUAGUUUAGACCAAAGAAUUUUUCAGGAAUUUUUUUUUUUUCCUUUUUAGCUUUACAUGUACAAAGAUUUGUAAUCACCCUCACACUUACAAUAAUAGAAUUUGUUACCUAAUUCGUCCAUAUUUUUCAUGUUGAUUGUAUAUUUACAUUUGUACAUUGAAAGUAAUUUAUGAAAUGCACUGCUCUGAUGUGUUUAACUAGGUCUUGUAGAUAUUAAAGGAAGUAGAAAAGUGUAUUUGAACCAUUCCUGAAUAUACAAUGUUUUGAUAGCAGUGGAGAGACCAGAGGUUUGGCCAUUGUACUAGUCAUCAUUGAUGCUUGUCUGACUUGUGUCAUGUGGGUUGUUGUGCUAGUUAUACACAUUGUAGGGUGAGCUCUAGUGUGUCACCUUGUGUGUAGUGUCUCACCUUGUGUUGUGUAUCAUCACUUAUGGUGUCUCACCAUGUGUGAAGUGUGCAUCUCAGCAUGAAGCGAAGCACCUCAGCAUGAAGUGAAGUGUCUGGCAUUGAAUGUGUUGAAUGAUUUUUGCCUGCUGUGAUGAAUGUAUUAUCCAAGACUAUUCAACUAUUUAUAAAUAUUGUCAAGAAACAAAUUCACUCCAUUAUGGCCCUUUCAGACCUCAUUUGAAAUGAAACAAUAUUUUUCUAGUUGGUUUAAAGUUGAUGCUCUACUUAAAGUAUUGGAAGAUUUUGUUUUACACUGUUCUAUCAGUAUAACAAAAUGUGUAUUCAAAUUAUGUAAACUGAUGUCAUGAGGUGUGUAGUAUUUUAACUAUUGCAGCUCAUGUUUCUAUAGUCUCUUACUUACAAUACCUAUCAACAUGUCUUAAUUUUACUUAAGUUACUUGUAUUAUAUUUGUAGCCUGUGGGCAUCUUAAGACAACUAGCAAUAAUUCUGUGGUAGAUAAUCUCUUUACUAGUGUAUUUUAAUUUCUUGUAACAUGUGUAUUGUUUGUAUCUAAUUAGUGUUAAUUUUACUUGGUGAAAUUUAUUUUGCAUAAUUCAAUUACUUUUUAUUUUUACAAUAUAUUUAUUUUUUUAAAUUUAGCACUGAGAAUUUAAUUCAUUUACAUCUGAAUUGAAAGUCUAUUAGUGCUGAUGGGUAAUUUGAGUGAAUGUUUGUUUUACAGGCGAAUUAUUUUUAAAUACAAUAACUUACAUUAUUUCUGUAUGAAAAUCUGGCCACACAAAAUAUUGCCAGUCAGUUUCAUCCCUUCUUGAUUAGAUAUCAUCACUUUUGGAUUGUUUUUUUUUAUGUCUUUACUGUUGUGCUUGCAUGGCAAUGUAAGGCUCAGUAAUUAUGGGUUAUGAAUUUCAUUUGUCAGUAUUAUCAAUUAUAUUUCUGACAUUGUCACAUUCAGUUUUAUUAUUGACAUUGUGUGAAUGCUUUAAAAACCAAAACAAUUUUAUAAUGCUAUACAAUGAGAAUAUUUUUUACAUAAUUGUAUAUUCACUGGUAAUGGUCUACUGGUAAUAGUUGAAAUUCAAGUACCUCCUCUAAUGGGUGGUGUAUACUUGACAGGACAUUCAGCUAAAGCUGUUAAAGGUCAGUAUGCUGGACAUAAGUAUAUACAACUGUUAACUGGAUUUGUCACACAAUCCCAUCCAGACAAUGUGUAUGAUGUACAAUAUUAUGCUUAUUUGAUUGUCUUUUUCACUAGAAUAUAUUUUCAAAUUUAUUUUUCAAAUACCUCAGGUGUGCAAGAUGUUUUGCCUGGCAUGGGGUACCAUUCAGCCAGUACUUAUGACUAAUCUCUAGUUUUUAAAUUUUUGGGUAGUUAAACAGCUAGAAUCUCAAUAGAUUUGUAAAGCUAAAUUCAAAAUUUGUUUUUGAAUGCUCAAAACAAUUAUGUAAGGAUUUUGUUGUUUUAAAUAUUAGUUUCAAAUUGUAAUGAUUUUAUUAACUGUAUCAUGUGUUUGGGAUGAACGUAUUGACAAUCACACAUACUGAUCUGAUGUAUAAUUGUGUAAUGUUAAAAACCAUUUCAAUGUCUAAAUAAAUUCAUUCAAAGA